AUGAGUACCACAAAACUUGGCAUUCUACUCAUACGCACAAUUGCAAAACCAAUCGCGAGUAGUAUCAAAGUAGGUGGGAAGUUGUUUUUAUGGUAUUUUACGUAUACCAUGGGCAGGAGGUUUAGUGCUGCGUUGAUGGAAUACAGCAAAAGACACGAAAGGUUUCGAGAAAUUUGUAUAAACGUAGCACAGACUACACAUCGCCUUGAGAUGCAAUUGAAAUUGCGUUUAUUAAAUUUACCAGAGGAAAAGAUUCGACCUUUGAAUGAUGCUAAAGCAAUAGAAGCUGGUGCCAAUUUCUUAGGUGAAGCAAUAAUUUUUGGGAUCGCUGGAUCAUUAAUAAUAUGGGAACAAACGAGAUCUUAUAAACACACCAAAGAACGCAACAAUCACGUAGACGAAACACUACAUAAAUUAGAGAGUGAAGUAGCCGAACUGCGUUCAGACCUUAAGAAUAAUCGCACUUUUCAAGAGCAAUUGCAAUCCCAUUUAGUUCAAGCUCGCGAGGACAAUGAAAAAUUAACCAAAAUAUUGGAUCAUGUGCUGAAUAAAAUAGAACCAAAUCGAAAUAGUACAAAUGGAGAUGAUGUUGGGAUUAACAGUAGAUCAGGAUCGAGUUGGGAUAAUUCUCUAGGGGGUAUUAGUAAUCGGCAUAGAGAACAAUUUCAUCACUAUUCCAACGGACCAUCAUAA